AUGGAACAGGAGAAUGCAUCACAGCCCACUGGGCUCGAGAAUCAAUUGCGCAACAUGAUUCUCGGCAACGUUAGCAUAGCCGGUGGACAGUCUGGCCAAGACGCCCCGUCACCACACCGUGGACGCGGACGAGGCCAAGGAAGAGGACGUGGCCGCGGUCGUGGAGGUUUCCACGAUACCGUCAACAAUUUCAACAGCAACGGUCAGAGCCACACAACUCCAGGUCCUACUCCAGAUCAAGCUCAAGGAUGGCGCGCCCACGCUUCCGCCAACACGGCGCCAGCCCGAGGGCGUGGAAGAGGCUUUGCUCCCAGUCAGCGAUAUCAGCAACCUCCGCGAACCUUCCCAGACCAGCAAGGCCCAAAUAUCUCUCAAAACGGCCCACAGGUAGACAAUCGACAGUAUCAUUCACGGGGGCGAGGGCGGCCCCAUCAACAACAAAAUCUGAACGCUGAUGGUACACCACGUACACAGCCCCCUAGAAUCCUACAACGGCCUCAUGAUAAUUUCGCACUGCCAGGCCAAAUCCCGGUAGGUCCAGCAUCGACACAGCGUCCCCGUCCACAAGGUCAAUAUCCUCCCCGACCACCGAUGAAUCAACCACGAGAGAACUCCAUGGCCCAAGUCGAACACUUGGACGCAAUUGCAGCAGCCGAGAUUCCGAAGGUGGAGAUGUCCAGAUCCGAGUCGGAGGCCAAAGAAGACUUCCGAAAGCACCUGGAAACCAUCAUGCAAGAAGCUUUUGCCAGCGGCUACUCUGGUGAUAUCUCGACUAUCUCCUUGGUAGGCUUUGGCAGCUUAGCUUCCGGCUUUGGUAUGCCCGGCUCAGACAUGGAUCUGGCAGUAGUGCCAAUAUGGAAAGAUCCAGCGAGGGCUAGUGAUAUUGCCAUUGAUCGUGGCAUCCCGCGUUUGCUGGAACGGGCAGUUCUCGACGCCAAGCUGGGUGGCCGUCUACUCACAAGGACAAGAGUACCAAUUCUAAAGAUAUGCCAGACGCCAACCGAGACCUUGUAUAAUGCUCUCGCCGAGGAACGCCAGAAGUGGGAAGAGCUUCCGGAAGAGGAGAAGUACCCUUCAGACAAGCCACAAGAGGCCACCCCACCGCCAAAGCCGCUGGUAGAUGUUGAUGGAGCAAAAGCUUCAGAGCUUACUGCGCAGUCAGACAGCCCUAACUUUGGUGACGACUUUCCUAUACUAGGUGCUGCGGCAACUACUAAGAAACGGCAAAAAGCUCCUGCAAAAGUUGAGACCGCCCAGGAAACCUCCAUUACGUCGGCCACCAAGUCAGAAGACAGUGUCAGCAACGGAACCGAUGAAAAGGCUAAGAAAGAUCAGCAUCACCGCCCUGAGAAACAGUGGAUGCGAGAGAAGGUAGUCGGUCCCCUCGACUUUCCAAAGACGGGCUGCGGUAUUCAAUGUGACAUCAACUUCGAAAACCCACUCGGUAUCCAUAACACUCAUAUGCUUCGAUGCUACUCCCUAACUGACCCUCGUGUACGGCCAAUGGUUCUCUUCGUUAAGUCAUGGGCCAAGCGACGAAAAGUCAACAGCGCAUACUCUGGCACUCUCUCUUCAUACGGAUGGGUACUUAUGGUACUGCAUUAUCUGGUCAAUGUCGCCCAACCACCGGUGUGUCCAAAUCUCCAACUCGCCGUCCCGCUCCCGAGCGACACAGUAGCUCUAGAGCAGUUCUUCAAGAACACGACUAUAGCAGGUUAUCAGGUCCGCUUUUGGCGCAACGAGCCGGAGAUCAUCCAGGCCGCGCAAGCUGGUCGCCUUUCACAGAACACACAGUCUGUCGGCGAAUUGCUACGCGGAUUCUUCCAGUACUACGCUUCUCUAUCUGGGUACGGCUAUGGACCCAAGCCCCCGCAAUUCUACUGGACCAACGAAGUCCUGUCCCUUCGGACGCCUGGCGGAAUCUUGUCGAAGCAAAGCAAGGGCUGGGUCAGCGCGACAACCAAGAUCACGGCGGAGAAAAAGGUCACGAAUCGGUAUCUGUUCGCAAUUGAAGAUCCGUUUGAGAUUGAUCACAAUGUCGCAAGGACCGUCACUCACCGUGGUAUCGUUGCUAUCAGAGACGAGUUCAGGAGAGCAUGGAGGAUACUAAAGGCCAUUGGCCAGAGCACAGAGCCCGAAGGUGGAAUCUUUGACGAAGUCGUAGAGCAGCCACCCGCCCAGUCUGAGCCAAAACCUGAAGAUGCUCCAAAAGGCACCAUGGAAAGUCUUGGCGUUGAUGAAGAAUCGAAGACUGAACAAGGCAGCCAAGCGAUUGCAGUGUAA